AAGAGAUCUAACUUUGAAACUCUGAAAAUUUAUUUUGUUUGUAAUUAUAAUAAUUCGUGAAUUUUUGAAAUCAAUCGAAACAAAAAUGAAAAGACUUCCGACUGCAGUAGCUUCAGCCCGAGAUCCCGAUUAUAAGAAAAUGCUGGAGGAUAUUGAUGCAUUUGAAAAAAAAACAAAACAUAUAACGGAUGUGGGGCCAAAAUGUUUUGUCUGCGAAAAAGGUGUACCGGUGGGAAGAAUUCGCUUUUUCGCAAACCAAAGGCAAUUUUAUAAACAUAUGUACCAGUACCAUUUCAAUUAUUUUGAGCAUGGUGCCAAACCAGAUUCGUCUCGAGUGAUUAUCGAUGAGCCAUCAACGAGUGCAAUUGAAAUGGAUGAAGAGCCAUCAACGAGUGAACAUUUGAUGGAAAUUGAUGAUAAAGAUCGUGAACUUCAUGAAUAUGACUAUUAUGAACAAAUGGAACGGUAUCAAGCGGAAAAACGAAAACAGGAAGAAGAAGAAGAAGAAGAAAAAAUCGCUAGUGAUGUCGAUGAUGAUAAUAUCGAAAUACCGUUCAUGUUUUUGAACGAAAAAAAUUUAGAAGAAUUUGAAGCAGAAAUAAGACCAAACAAAAGUAAACAUGAGCCAAUAUUUCUGAAGAAUUUGUUUCGAACAAAAUAUAAAGAAAAUUAUAAGCAGUUCCUUUUGGAUGUUAAUUGUUGGCGAUAUGAAGAAAAUAUGAAUAUGCAAACAAUUAACAGAAUUGUUCCAUCAACAAUAAAUCACUGUUUAUCUGCUGUACCAAAUAUCGAAACAAACAAGGAAUGUAAAGAAGUGUAUGAUAAUAUGAAGACUUUAUCGAAUAGUCCAUACUAUCUUAACCAAUUCCUUGAAUUACUGCCAACAUAUGUACCACCAGAACAUGAGAGAUGGGAAUCAAAAACUGAAUUUAAAUCAGAAUUAAGAUUUUCUUGGGUGAAACCAAGUAAAAUUUGUGAAAGAAUUUUUCUCAACAAUAAAUACAUAAUUUCCCAAUUGGUUAAAGAAUCCGUAUGCAAACAAGCAAACAAAUUUGAAGAAUUGAAGUAUUCUGAACAUCUAAACUGCAGUAUUGAAAGACGCAAUGAAAUGAUGGGUAAACUCCAAUUGGAGUUCGGAUUCGAUGAUUUCUCCAUUACGAAUCCGAUCGGUGUCAAGAAUGUGAAUCACAUGUAUAUGGCAUUGUAUCUAUCAUCACCAACGAUUCCAUUACAAUAUCGAUUAAAAAAAAAUGAUAUAUUUGUUUUAAUGUUGAUCAAUAGAUUAGAAAUGAAAAGGGCGGGAUAUGAACUAAAUGAUGUCCUCAAACCUUUGAUUGAAGAUCUAAAAAACAUCAUGAAGAAUGGUAUCGUUAAAGAAUAUAUCGAUGAUACUGAUCAGAGAAAAAAGAUGGUGUUUAAAAUUUGCGUAAGUGCUGUUUGUGGGGAUAAUAAAGGAAUAUAUGAACUAUUGGGUUUCCAGACAUCAUUCACCCGCAAUACUUUUAUCUGCAGAAUUUGCGGCGCCAAGGCCUUCAAACAAGAACUCAGACAAUGUAAAAAUCCGAUCGAUUUCCAAGGUGUUUUAUAUCAAAAUGCUCUUAUAAGAGAUAUGGCAAAAACAAAGACGUCGGACAAAGAGUAUGGUCUUAAAGCCGAAUGCAUUUUUGCUGGAUUACCGAAUUUGACUAUAUCCAACAUUGCUCCGCUCGAUUGUAUGCAUGAUUUCGACGAAGGCAUUUGUGAAAACAUCAUAUUUGCCAUUAUUAAAUUGAAUAAAAUCGAAGUCAAUAACAUCGAAAGAGCAAUUAAAAAGAUUCAAUACAACGAGGACAGAGUCAAAAUAACAGGCUCCCAUCGUGGAAAUUUAUCAACAUUCAAAAUCAGAGGAACCGCUGCAUCGAAAUUCGAAUUUUUCUGUCGUUUCGAUGAAAUACUAAUCAACCUAAAAAUUCCAUUGGUUCCAGAUACAAUUGCAUACAAAUUGUAUACAAAUGCCAAAGAAUUCGCACAGCUUUGUCAUAGUUUUGAAUUGAAUGCAGGUGAUAUUCAAAGAUUGAAAACAUGUGCAGAAAUUAUUGUCGAUUUGUAUUUAUCUGUAUCCGAUGAUUUAAACAUCACGCCAAAAUUCCACAAUAUUUUGCAUUAUUGGCAGGAUGCCGCAAAAUUUGGAUCAAUUUAUAGGAACUCCUCGUAUAAAUAUGAGCGGGUACAUCAAAAUCUAAUGAGUCUUCGCGAAAAUUGCCAUGUUCAAGUCAAUAUUGAUGGACCUUUUCAAUGA